CCUCUCUCAGGUGCCGAAAUGACACGAGCAUGUUUUAUCUUCCUGCUGAUGAGUAACGCCGCUUCAGUGUCCACACAGUUUAAUGGAUUCAACUGUGAUGCCAACUUCCACAGCAGGUUUCCCGGGGAGCGGGAUAUCAAUGUGUACUGCGGGGUUCAGACCAUCACGUUGAAGAUCAACUUCUGUCCUGUGCUGUACUCCGGCUACACAGACGCAGACUUGGCGUUGAACGGUCGUCACAGUGAUGCACAGUGUCGUGGCUUCAUCAACAACAACACGUUCCCCACUGCGCUCCUGUUCAGCAUCAGCCUCAGCACUCUGGAGGCCUGUGGUAACAGCCUGGUGGUCUCCACUGCCUAUGGGGCCAAUGCUUAUGGAAACAUGUCUGUGGUGCAAAUUGGGAAUGUCUCAGGCUACAUCGACACCCCUGACCCACCAACAAUAAUCAGCUACUUACCUGGUUUGCUGUAUAAAUUCAGCUGCAGCUACCCAUUGGAGUAUCUUGUCAAUAACUCACAGCUUGCAUCCUCCUCUGCUGCAGUGUCUAUCAAGGACAGCAACGGUACAUUUGUGAGCACACUGAGUAUGAUCUUGUACAAUGAUUCAACAUACAGCCAACCUCUUUCUAUCCCAAUGGCCGGUCUCGCUUUGAAAACCAGGGUAUUUGCAGCUGUGAAAGCCACAAACUUAGAUAAACGGUGGAAUAUCUUGAUGGACUACUGUUACACAACCCCCUCAGGGAAUCCUAAUGAUGAACUCCGCUAUGACCUUUUCUUUGGCUGCUACAAAGACCCACAGACAACGGUUUUCGAGAAUGGGAAGAGUCAGCUGGGACGUUUUUCCUUUGAGGUUUUCCGUUUUGUCAAACACAGACACCAGAAGAUGUCCACUGUGUUUCUGCACUGCGUCACCAAGCUGUGCAGAGCGGAUGACUGCAUCAUGCUCAUGCCAAUCUGUGGGAGACGACGCAGGAGGGAUGGAGAGGAGAGCCUAGAUUUUCCACCAGCAACUUCUGGGAAUGCUAUCAUCACAGCAGGACCAAUCAUCACCAGAAGUGAUGAAACUCCUGUCAACAACUCCCAACUUGCGUCUGCUGAUGCCCUCCAGGCGGUGAACCCGGUGACCAGUGCUUUAAUCUCAGGCGUGGUCAUCCUGGGUGGGGUCAGCGUGGGUUUUUUCCUACUAUCGCUCCACCUUCUGCAGAAGUCCCGCCUCCCCGCUGUUGUAUCCUCAGGUGUUUGGAACCCCAGCUUUAAAUAA